UAUUAUGCAAUCGCGUUUCGUGUGUGCUACUUUUUUACACUGGGUUCAUAUCGUGAAAGAUUUAAUAGAGAUAAACUUGGCGACUCCCUCUCGCGAGGCGAUUUUUCCUUAAAAGUAUCGGUUUACCCACAUAAUAUUGAUGCAAUUUUAACGUUAAUAUUGUUCAAAUACUUCUAUCAUCUUUCGGCCAUCAGAUACAAUCAGACGAGAACAUUUUUUUACCUCCGUAUAAAUGCGCAUAUUGGGGAUGUACAUUCUUGGGAAAAAGACAAAGCGGAAGACGUGCACCUGACUGUGUUUUGAUCGGUUUUUCUUAUUUAUAAGACAACGCGUUCGUGAAUUAUGCACUUUGUUUCGCAAGUAAUACCAUUCAUAUCACAUGACAAACGUUGCCUCUUUGACAGCGAUAGCUGUCUUUGCAACGUCAAUCGUGCAUCAUACAUCCCGGAAGCAAAACAAACGUCAGUCAUUCACCGUCGAUUCCGAAGGAAGUCGUGACGGUGAUGAGGAACUGUAGGAUGAUGGACGUUUAGAAGGACUCGACUUCUCUCAUUCGAGUAAUAUCGAAUAUAAUAUUAAAGCGAGGCGCAAUCAGGUGCGAGUUGCAUGUUCCUCCACUGGUGCGGCUUCUCUCGCUUCGGACGUCACAAUCCAAUAUACUUCCAAUAUAUUACUUACACGAUGAAGGAAUCUUAAUACGUUAAAUUCAAUUCGCGCAUCAGUGGAAUAACAGAUUUUACAUAUUCGUGAUUUUACGUUUCACCCUUUAAAUUGCCAAUAAAAGCUCCAGUAAUUCUACGACUAGGAUUGCACAUUCGCUAGAAUUUUUAAGGAACCUCGGCCUUACAUGUCGAUCGUUAAAUUGGCAUACUUUUAUGUCAGCACAUCCGGUCUUUAUAAUCCUAGUUAAGUUAGUUAACUUAGUAAUAAGAAUCGAUCUAUCUUUUCCUUGUAUUACUAUCAUUAUCGUUGCUAUCAUUAUUACACUACUAUCAAACCUCUUUUUCUACCUUCGAUAAUUUUAAGAAGCUAUCUACCAAUUUUUUCGCAAUUUAUAUAUAGGAAGAUUUACGAAGAAGGGGCGCGAAUAUUAAUCUUAAAGUUCAAAGGUAAAGGCGAGAGAGUAUAUCAAUUUUGUACUCAUACAAUUUUACUUUAGCAUAGCAAUCGCACAUAUAUGCCACUGGGAUCAUCGAUAAAUGGUGAGGAGUCAAAUUCGCGGGAGAUCAUGACGGACAAUCGGUGGUACCCGAAGGACGAGACGUAGGGGGAUAUGUCCGGCUGCUUGUCGUCAUCUAUGACAGGAUCGACAGAUGCGGGGCCGCUGCAGCCCCAGGAAGAACCCGCUUCGCUUCCCGUCGCUCGACCAUCGUCCUUGUCGGAGAACGCAUCGGCCGCACGGCGAAGUAAUCGUCAUCGUCAUCAGUCGCGACGUAGGAUGACGUCCGCUCCGCUGUCUGGACAAACAAUACAAUUGACACCUCUUUGGGAACAUGUGGUGCGUACGCAUAGGUUUCCAUCUGAAGUUGACACGCAGGCCACCUUCAUCGAGAUCUCCGAGAGACUUCGGGAUCCGGAAUGGGAGGUUCGCCAACACGCCCUGCGGGUGCUGAUGGACGUUUUACCGACGCUGAGCACCGAUGUCAUUGACAAGGUCAUGCAACCAGUGGUGCCGGAGCUGAUCAAUAAUUUAGGACAUCCAGCGCCGGCCGUUCGUAAGGGCGCCUUGGACACGCUGCGGGUCUACCUGGUUCAUAGCCCCAACAGAGAAAACAUGGUUCAAAACAUCCUUCACGACGGCUUAAAUCGCCCAGAUGCUCAUAAUCCGUUUCAAACAAACGUGACGACAGGCAUAAUCCUGAGCGCACCUCUGUUGCUCUUUCCAUCCUCGAACAGUCCUCCUCCAACAACGCAAAUCCUGAAGGAUGCCACGAUCGCCUUCGCUUCGCGAUUGGUCCAGGUACCACAUCAAGAAGCCGUUCUGAAAUCUCUCAUGAAGAUCCGUGACGCAGUUGGUGAGGAAGAAUUCGAGAGUUACUUGACAGAUUAUGACGACAAGUUUAAGAAGAACAUCGAUAUUCUCUCCAAAAUCUAUAAUAUCAAGUCGACCAAAAAGAAGCAAGAUAAGAAUCGUACGCAGGACAUUAUGAAGGCUGAUAAGAAAGAGCGCGCCUUCGACAAAUCCUGGGAUAGCGACAGCGACACUUCUGGUAUCGCCGAAGAGGAAGAUGAGAUACCACCGUCGAGAGUCGUUCUAGAGACUGAGAUCAAGUUCAACGAGGAGACGGCCAUCACGAUGACAAUUCUGGAGGAAAAGGACGAUGAUGAUAGCGAGGACAACGAAGGAAAGAAAAACAAAAUCGGUAAUGACGUGAUGAACGAGGAAUCAUCGUCUGCAGAUAAACGCAGGACACCCAGACGCGUCCACUUUGGCGGCGAGAUCGUGAAGCUAAGGACACCCGAUAGCGACGAUACAGAAUCAAUCGAGAUAACGCCUAAGACAAGGAUCCCACUUCCGGUGUCGCCGGCUACAAAGAUGCCAGAAAUGAUGAGGAGACGACCAUCAUCGCAACCCUGCAGUCCUCACAUGGAGAAGCGAGGGUCAAGGAGAGCUUCCAGGUCGGCGUCCAGCAGUCCCAAGAGAGAGUACACGCACAACGCGCAGCUGAGUCCUAAGAAGAGUAUUCUGACGAAGACGGGUGGACCUCUAAUUGUAAUCAAUUCAGUGACGCCAACGGAAGAAAUGAAGAACACGAAAAAAAUUAAAAAAAAUAGUGAAACGAUUCUAGAAAAUGAAUCCCCUCGCAGUAGUUCGCAAGAAAUUAAUGAAAUAUUAAAGAAAGAAGAUAUUACGUUAGAUCAGACUACUCCGGCGUCAGCAAAUAGUGAAGACAAAUUGACAAUAAAAAGCAAGGAUGAAAAUGAUCUAUCUGUUCAGGUUGCAGCGAUAGAAACCUCGAAAAACAUAUCUUUAAAGGGGGAACAAGCGAUGAGUCUUAAGAGAGACGGUCACGCGGACACGAUUGAUUCGAACAGAAGCAAUAUUUCUGAAGCCUCUUCGAGGCAAGAGAAGAAUUAUGUGAUGACAAAAUCAUCAAGUCCAGAACGAAAGAAGACACUCCGAGAUAAGGACGACAGCUUCGAGUUAGAAAGGGAAUGUUUGAACGAACAGAAAUUGUCAGGAAACAGUUUGUCUCGCAGGUCCAACAGUUUCCCUUUCGGAUCGCCAGUAAACGAGUGCAAUGCUCAAAUAGAUCGUCUGAUCGGCGGCGACUUCAUCGACGAUGACGACGACGACGAUGAUGAACAGGAUGUGCGUACCUGCAACAUAAUUACAGACGAUCGUGCGGUGACUGUUGUGAACGGCGAGGGACGAAAAGAGUGGCAUAGCCAAUACGAUAAAAAGGAAGGGAUCGCGUCGGAAGGGAACGAAAGUGUCACUUGUAGUAGCAGCGAGGGCGAGGGUAAACCGCAGGAACCCAGCUGGGAGGAAUUGGGGUUGGUUGGCCAGGAGGUGUUGGAUGACCUGCACAACAAGGACGACUGGCGAGCGCGUGUCAGAGGUCUGGAAAGAGUUGCGUCGGCUCUGCGGACGUCCUCGGCGCUAAUCGCGAUAGAGUCGCGAUUAGGAUCGCUCUUGCAUGCGGUGCUUGGCGGCGAAAGGAGCUGCCGCGUGGCCGCCGCUGGUUUAGCGGUAGCGAAGGUAGUGGUCGCCGGUGUCUCGGAGGAUGCACUAAGAAAGAAAUUGCCGCAGCUGGGUUGGGGCCUGGCUAGACAGGGUGGUCCAUCCGCGGCGCAGCUCGCUCGAAUCGCGAUGUUACGGCUCAAGCCUAGCCUGCUCUUGGAACAAUUACUGCAGCCACAUUGUCUGAGCGCCAGAAACACUAAGACAAGAGAGAACGCGUUGCAGCUGCUGAUCUUCUCGCUGGUGACGUUUCCCAGCACCGAAUUCAAGCUAGAAAUCGUGGCCAACCGAGUGGCGACGAUGGUCGCAGAUCGGCGACGCAGAGUACGUCAAGCUGCGCUCGACACUUUGGCUGUUUUAGGACAGAUCUACGAUUCCGAGGAGGUCAUUGAAGCGGGAAGACGGGCGGGUGAGGGAAAUCCCGAUGCCGAGGCGAUGCUGGCCGCCAUCAGAGCACGGCUGGCUAGGAAGUCACUACCCCUGGUAUCGGCCGAUGGUCUCGUGGUGUACGGUUUGCAAAUUUCACCGACUGUUCAGACCGCUACUGGCCCUGACGUCGAUUGGAUCGUGGCGGGAAGGGGUUCAGUCUCGCCCGAUCGAAAGCUCGGAAUAUAUAUCUGCCUAAAAUUGCCUGAAAUGUCGUGUCAUUUUAGAAACGAUUUUCUAAAUAACCGCGAGAGUCCGUGGAUAGAGAGACCCAAUCUCGUUGCUUUGGGUGUCGGACUGCAAUCCAAGACUGAGCAAUCGACGGCCUGGCAGUUGCAAACUAACGAAAGUAUCGCUCUCAGAGGAGAAUCCAGGAUUCCAAUAUUAUUAUCGCGUGAACGUCCUAAAAUAACAUCGCAAAAUCAUGAAAAAUCCCUCAAUUUGGAAUAUGUUAAUUCUAAUUCGCGAAAGCAAACAACAGACAUGUUAGACAGUAAUCGAAAUCGAAUAAAUUUGCGACAGGAAAAUGUCGGAUCGUAUGCAGCGAUUCAUCAACGGCGAAAACGUUUUCAACAAGAAGAAAGUCAGACUUUAAAUCAAACAUUUGAUUCACAUACUAGCAGUUAUCGGUCUUCUUACACGAAGGCUUUGGGAACAAAUAGAGAAUACGGUGAUACUGCAGGAAAUAGCGACACAAUUUUUUCGGAUGACAAUUCGCACAUUUAUAACAGAUUCGUGGACACCGAUCAAUUUACGAAUGAAAACGAAAGUUUGAAUUACGCGGGAGGACGUCAACGUUCGCUAUCCAGAAAUAUGCAGCAACAAACACUCGUCGAGGCGUAUAACUCGAUUCUCGAGCGCCAAAGAAAGCUCAUGGAUAGAAAUAUCUAUCGGCCGUUACGAACUCCUCCAAAUCCAUCGACCCGCUUGUAUCAGGAUCUGGAUUCUCAGAAUCUGGAUACGCAAACUCCUUCGGAUAGGGAUAGGAACGUGAGACAUCGGCCUAAGAAUCAUAGAACGAAAGAUGUGGCAGCGGCACAGCAGAGAACCGAGAUGGACUUAAUUUCAUCAAAUUCGCAGGAGGAUAGGUGCUCUCUUUCAGAAAGUUUCGCCAGUCCUCAUCGCAGAAGAUUGCGAUCAUUAUCCCCGUCACAACUCCAUCGAUCGCAACAUUUUGUCAAAUUGACUUCCAACAGAUUUCACGCCGCGUCGAUGUACGACAUAUGCAAUACAUAUCCAAGGUCAAUCCAUCGGGUGAAACGAAACGCGUUUCGCGGCCACGACCGAGAACUUUUAUACGAGACCGUCGACGAGGCAUCGCGGGAUAAACUUCAAGUUUUGUGCGGGAUGAUCUUCAAGUUCUGGCCGAUCGAGAUGAAGGAGGAGAAUGGUGCCCUCGUCGGCGAGGUACGACCGGCAAGCAGGUCCGGCGAAUACAAGAUCGCGAACGCCAUUCUCUUUUGUUGUCCAUGUGUCUUCCGAUGCAGGAAGUCAGUCGGUGUUGGCCGCGACAACGACGGCGACGGGGAUGGCAAUGCGUCCGUCUCGACCAUCAUCACCACGACGACGACGCCGGUCAUUGCUUUAAGAUUGAAUCGAAACAGCGACACGAUUAAUAAGGCGACGAUGGUGAAUGAGGAGGAAUACAAUGUACGAAACAGGCAUCACUUCUCGCCCGACGCGAAAAGCUACCAUGUACAAAAUUCAAACAAGGAGGAAUCGCGGUACCAAGAAUUUCUGCGUUCCUUCUCAAUCGACGCGCGCGAACGUCCGAAAAGCGCGAGCAGUUCGUCGUCGGACGUUUCCAGGAAUGAUCGACCGGGACGAGAGGAAGAUCAGGAUACGACACUGCGAGAUUACAAUGGCAAUGACAAUAGCGGAUCGUCGACCCCGCAGAGCCAGAAUGCUGGCGAUCCGGCGUUCGACGUUAUCACGCAACAGACGGCAAAUCGCCAGAGCGACACUCGCGACGAUGUCGAUUCCUUUUUUGGUGGUCCACCACUGACGAAGAGUAAUUCAGUAAUAGACUUUUUCGCAUAUAUGGAGUCGUUACUUCUUCAGCGAAAAUUUAACCGGAGUCUGUCAUUUGAUACAUCAUUUUAUUUUUCAACAUUAAAUAUUAUGACGCCGUUGGAUACCAAAAUGGAAUACCCAAUCACAACGGCAGAUGCAACGACCGUGGACGAAGUGUUGAAGGAAUGGAACAGCGAGGAUGACAUGAAAUCGGCGAGUCGAAUCGGAUCGAUUUCCAGGCAUUCGAAUCACAACGAGCUAAUAACUGUGGAUGAAAAUUGCAAUAGAAGCACAGAAAGCAGCUCUGGCGUUCCCGAACAACCGGAGGACGACAGGUCGAGCGCGCGAAGAAGGUCAAUCGUGUCCGCAUUAUCGAACGAGCGGAUUCUACCCUAUGAAGACACGAAGUUAUUCAAGGAAUCGCUACAAUCGAAGGUUACAAUCAGUCCCAAGAGAUCAGAAUCACUGUACCUGACACCUAAUCACAGUGCUCAUCACUCACUAAUCUCUAACUCGCCGAUCAAGCGAAAUUCUCGCUGCGGUUCACGCAAUUUGAUCGACGAUUCAAAGGAUUUCAGUGAGGAGAGAAUAAUCGCUUCCAUAGUACCUGACGAGGAUGCUUCCAUUCGAUCAUUGGACACCGUUGGUCAUCCACCCAUAGAUAUAGUCGGUGAUUCACCGGCAAUUAUCAUCGCAUCGAGACCCCAUUCUCACGAAACCGUCGAGUAUGAGAACGCGAGAAGUGUCGAAAAUGAUAAUCCACAUAAUAAGAUUAAUACUCAGGAGUCCACGGAAGAAGAAUCCAGCGUAAAUGAUGCUUUGGAGGAUAGACAAAGUAAAGACAGCGCAAGCGAAACUAAUAUGGAGCCAGGAAUAUUGAAGAUUGAGUCUGAACCUGCAGAAGAUGUCGAAUUGCGUAGAAGAAUGCCCUCGAAAGUACCGGUGCGUGGUUCUAGUAGGUGUCGAAUGCCUUCCAACAAAAGAGUUAUGGAGAAGCCCUCAGAAAAAUCCAAACGGAUGGUACAGCAGUGCUUUUCACAGCUUGAGAAUAAAGAUUGGGAAAUAACGAUGAAAGGUCUGAAAGCCCUGUCACAGAUCUCGAAGCAACAUCCGGAGGGCUUGGACGUCUGUGCGGCCGGAACGAUAGGAAGGCUUUUAGGGCGACAUAUAAAGAAUCUUCGAUCGCAAGUAGCACGAGCCGCAUGUCUCGCUGCUAGUGACGUUUUCAGCUCUCAGAUACGGGGUAUUGAUCAGGAUCUGGACGACAUAGCUGGACCGUUGCUUCACAGAACAGCCGAUACGAAUCGAUUUCUUCGAUCAGACAGUAACUCAGCGCUGGAUCAGAUGGUGCAGUAUCUUCCGCCUCAUAAAACCAUCGGUAUCAUCGUACUUCGAGGAGCCAGUCAUCAAAACGCUAUCGUUCGCGCGGCGACCGCACGUCUGUUGUCAGACAUCACCGAUCGCAUUGGACCUGAUCAUAUUAUGAUCUUACCACGCGACGUGAGAGAUAAAUUGCUAAACACGGGCGCAAAGUUGUUAAUGGAUGGAAAUCUAGACGCAAGAAAUCAUGCAAAAAGGAUGUUUCGGCGACUGACUCGCUGCGAAGGCUUUCGUAAAGCGUUGACGGACGCGGUGCCCGAAACGACGUUGAGACACAUCGAUAAAACUAUGAAGACCCUAUAAUUGAACAUUUGAUUAAAUCUGCAUUCGAUGUAAUCUAGCUGUCUUACCGUUGCUCGAACUAUCUCAAAAGACUGUUUAUCACGCAGGAUGUUUUUACGAUCCGUUAGAAGCCAAUUUACGGCAUAGACAUGAAUUUUCUACAACGUAUACGCCGAAAAAGAUGUCGACAAGUAGUCAUAUAAAUAACUUUUCUUUCCUCCGCGCUGUAUAUUUACCUCCUCGAAAUUAAAUGGAGCGAGAGACGUGACUUCGAAGAUCAGGAGUCAAGGAAGAUACAAGAAAAACCCGAGGAGUGUCCCUCAUCUUCGCGUCAUGACUUCGAUCUUGUUUUUUCAUCAACGAAUUUAUCGCGUGACGAAGUUUUGAUACUUGUAACUUUAAUACAUAUACGCAUGUAUAAUAAUUUUUUAUAUGAUUGUAUAAAGGAUGCGCUUCGGCGCAAAUACAUUGGAGAGCUGUAGUGCCUUCACGUCGGUGAUCAUAAAUUAAAUUGCAAUUGUAGCUCAAUUACAUUGUAAUGUUCGUGAAGUGUCGUCGACGUGACAAAAAUUGUCACGUGUUUCGAAAACGAUUUAUCUCGCUAUUGUCUUCACCAACUCUACAUUAAUGAGUUGCAGGAAGAGAAAAUAUAUAUAUAUACGGAAAUUUUCCUGAGGAAAGGAGUUCAUUGCUGACGGCAAUGAAUCUAUUUCAGAAUCGCUAAUGCUUUCGUGAGCCGAAAGUUUAGAUUCGUUAAUUCCAUAUAUUUUUUUUGUUGUAAAUUCGAUUGUUACUCUCUAAUAUAUUUUAACUCUCGGAAGAGAACAAAAAUCGGAGAGCGUCUAUAAAUUUUAUAAAACACGAACAUCAGGUGCUGAAAAUUUAGAAUAUAUUUAUGAGAAAAAUUAUAUAGAAAGAGUUCGUCCGAAUUAUUCGAUUCUGAUGUCUAAACUGACUUUUAGCAUCGUAUAUCAGAGAUUAACUCAUAUUUAUAUAAAUAAUAAUUUAUAUGCAUAUAUAUAUAUAUAUCGUUAUACAAAAAUAUUUGCUUAUUAUUGAAGGCACAUAC